AUGGCGAAGGAGACAGUUUGUGUGACCGGAGCUAAUGGUUUCAUCGGAUCCUGGAUAAUCCGAACGUUAAUCGAGAAUGGGUACACCAAAAUCCACGCUUCAAUCUACCCAGGAUCCGACCCGACACAUCUCCUGAAACUACCCGGAUCCGACGACACAAACAACACCGAGAUCAAGAUCUUCGAAGCCGAUCUCCUAGACUCCGACGCAAUCUCCAGAGCAAUCGAUGGAUGCGCGGGAGUUUUCCACGUGGCGUCACCUUGUACGUUGGAUCCACCGGUUAAUCCCGAGAAGGAGCUGGUCGAACCGGCGGUUAAGGGAACCAUCAACGUACUGGAAGCAGCAAAGCGGUUCAAUGUGAGGCGCGUGGUGAUCACUUCCUCAAUCUCGGCGUUGGUUCCGAAUCCUAACUGGCCGGAAGGAAAAUCCGUCGACGAGACUUCGUGGACCGAUCUCGAGUUUUGCAAAUCGAACCAGAAAUGGUAUCCGAUUUCAAAGACACUAGCUGAAAAAGCGGCUUGGAAGUUUUCGGAGAAGCACGGAACCAACAUUGUGACGAUACAUCCAUCAACAUGUCUCGGACCGCUUCUGCAACCGAACCUAAACGCAAGCUGCGCGGUUUUGUUACAGCUCUUGCAAGGCUCGACAGAGACACAAGAGCACCACUGGCUAGGUGUGGUGCACGUGAGAGACGUGGCUAGAGGUCACGUGAUGCUGUUCGAGACACCUGAGGCUUCUGGUCGGUAUCUGUGCACUAAUGGGAUUUAUCAGUUCGGUGAGUUCGCUGCUCUAGUGUCCAAGCUCUACCCUGAGUUUGAUGUGAAUAGGUUUGAUGGAGAAACUCAGCCAGGGCUUACGCCGUGUGAAGAUGCGGCUAAGAGAUUGAUUGAGCUCGGUUUGGUUUUUACUGCGGUUGAAGAUGCUGUUAAGGAGACGGUCCAGAGUCUUAGAGACAAAGGCUUUCUCUGA